GUGGGUGAUGGGCAUUGAGGAGGCACCUGUUGGGAUGAGCCCUGGGUGUCAUAUGGAAACCAAUCUGACAGUAAAUUAUAUUUAAUAUAGAAAAAUAAAAGUUCAAUGUGAAAUUCCUUAUAAAAACUUUGAGCAAAGCACAUUUUUAAAAACAGAUGGUCAAUCACUAUUCUUGCUAUGUUUAUGUAAAUAAGUAGGACAAAUUUGUUAAAAAAUGGACUUAUUUUACAAAUGAAUUAAUUUUAAUUUUGCUACCUUCAACAGAAACGAGGGUGCUUUUAGGGACAAAAAUUAAGUUUCAACAACACACCCUUCAUAGAUGUGAGAUUCUAGUUCUGAAUCUGAAUGUUUGUUUGCCUAUAAAAUCAGGCUGGAUCCUGAAUUCUUCUGGUUUCCUCAAAUGCCUGGCUAUGACUCUCCAAAUGAAGGUUUCCAGUUUUCUCCCAUUCUCUUGACCUGGAAUCACUGACAACUAAAACUGCCCCUUUUUCUGAAGGCCUGCAAACUGAAACUAGACAACUUGAGGUUUGGAGAAUGUAUUUUUGUAAUUAGCCGUGUUGAUUUAAAGGAGCAGGCGGGAGAGAGGAGUAGACAUGCUGAAGGAACUCCAGUUCUUCCUGUCGGCCAUCCUGCUGCUUGCCUGUGUCUUCUUCUACCAGCUCAGCCUGAAGUCCAGCUGUCUCUUCUCUUGCCUUCCUCCCCAAAAGGCCCAGCAAGACCCGGAAGCCCUCCUGGGCCAUGGGCAUGGCAUUGUGUUCAUAGAGACCUCAGAGAGAAUGGAGCCAACGCCUCUGGUCUCUUGUGCUGUGGAAUCUGCUGCCAAGACUUACCCAGAGAAGCCCGUGGUGUUCUUCAUGAAGGGUCUCAACACCACCACACGGCUGCCCUCAAACUCCACUUACCCAGCCUUUUCCCUCCUCUCAGCCAUAGACAAUGUUUUCCUCUUCCCUUUGGAUAUGAAAAGGCUGUUUGAAGACACACCAUUGCGUUCAUGGUACACUCACAUCAACGCCAGUGUGGAGAGCAACUGGCUCCACGUCAGCUCAGAUGCGUCCCGCCUGGCCAUCAUCUGGAAAUAUGGCGGCAUCUACAUGGACACCGAUGUCAUCUCCAUCCGGCCCAUCCCUGAGGAGAACUUUCUGGCUGCACAGUCUUCUCAGUACUCUAGUAAUGGGGUGUUUGGAUUCCUGCCCCACCACCCCUUCCUGUGGGAGUGCAUGGAAAACUUUGUAGAACACUACAAUUCAGACAUCUGGGGCAACCAGGGUCCCAGUUUGAUGACAAGGAUGUUGAGACUGUGGUGCAAACUUAGAGACUUCCAGGAGGUGAGUGAUUUCAGGUGUUUGAACCUGUCCUUCCUACACCCUCAGAGAUUUUACCCCAUCUCCUAUCCAGAGUGGAGGCGCUACUAUGAAGUCUGGGACAAAGACCUGAGCUUCAAUGACUCCUACGCCCUGCAUCUGUGGAACUACAUGAACAACGAAGGAAGGACUGUGGUUAGAGGGAGCAACACGCUGGUGGAAAAUCUCUGCCGUAAGCACUGUCCCAGGACUUACAGGGACCUGAUUCAAAGCCCAGAGGGGUCAGUGACUGGGGAGGUGGGUCCAGGUAACAAAUAGAACCCACACUGGCUCUAUGUUAUAGAACUGGUUCCUGGAGUGCCAGCGUGCAUGCAGCUCAUGUCCACGUUCCCCAGGGGUGGGGGGGUUUACCCACGUAUCGCUUAGGCUCAGCUUUCUCUGUCUAUAAUACAAAAAUCCCAAAGACCAUUGGUGUAUAAAAUAUAGCUUAUUUCUCUCUCAUGUAAAAGAAGUCUGAAGGCAGGCGAUUCAGGGGGGGUGUGGUCACUGUGGUCAUUGGGGACCCAGGUUUCUUGCAUCUUUCUUGUUUGUUAUCCUUAGCGUCCAUAGCCCCUGGUCUAUGUGGCUGCUUGGUAUCCAGCCCAUUAUGUCUGCAUUUCAGGCAGCAGGAUGAAGGAAGGAGGAACGUACCCCUCCUUUAUUUUAUGAAAACUUCCUAUAAGUACUGUGUAACACUUGCCUUUACAUCUCACUCACUCACUGCAAGAGAUGCUGAAAAAUUUAAGGAGGAAGAGAAGAAAAUGGGUGUUAGGAGAGGCAGCUAACAGUUUUGCUACCUGUUAAAUUUACUUCUGUAAGAUUAAUUUCAGCAGAAUGGACUAGGGACAAAGAGUCUUAAUUUCUG